AUGUCGACAGGUACUGAUGGUGCACCGAGCACUCCGGUGGCAUCCGCGUCCGGCUUGUCAGCAGGAGGCACAACCGCUUACUCCAGUCGGAACGGCAUCAAGCGCUCCUCUUCGCUCUUCGUUCUGCCCACAAGAGCUUCCCUCUCGAAUCUGUUCGGCUCUAGUCAGGCCGGAGGUUCUGCUGGCAGUGCUACGCCAGCCAUGGCAAUGGGGAGCCCGAAGGAGCAAGUGAGCAUGGCGAAGGACGAGCUCGUCGCGCCUGCCUCGCCUGCCGAAAGCCUGCUACCUCCUUCCGCCUUGAGAUUGCCGUUGACGAGCAUCACGACCAGGCAGAGAGCACGGUCACUGAUCAACUCUGCUACAGCGCGGACUUUAGCAUCCGGCGAGGCGACACUUGAAGGUACAGACACGGAUGCAUACGCAAGUCGUCAGAUGCCGUCCAGCGCUGUACCAAGACGUAACAGUGCCACCUCGAGCGCAAGCACAGGUCGGCCGCGGACGAUGCGUGCUUAUACGCACACUCUUUCGCCUUUGACAUCGUCGCCUGAUCACAGAUCCAAGUCGUCAGCGGCGGUCGCAUCCGGCUCAAGCUCCUCCUUCCAGACUGACUCCGAGUUUGAUGACAAGCUCGGAGCGCCGUCUCUAUCGGGAGACUUGACAAGUGGCUCCAGUCCAGAUUCAUCCCCGCCAAGGACGCCUCCAACUGAAUGGCAAGAGUCACCGCCUCGACCUCACGGGAAAGGUCGAGAGCGCGCGUCAACGAUUCUCGCAGGACCAUGGACUGCGAUGCCCAGUCGUGUCUGGUCGUACUACAACAGUCAAGCCGAUCUCGAAGCUGCAAAUGACCUGGCAUUUGACAAUUCGCAUCCGCGCUCUACACGUUGGUCAAAUGGUCCGCAAGGCUUCUCACCCUACCCACAAGAUCAGACCGGCAAGAUCGCGCGGACAGGCAGCAUAUCUGCACCUUCGCCGGCAGUGCCAUCAGGCAGACCCCUGCAUGCGCUAUUGAGGCCAAUGCUCAUCCUGGCGGGACUGUUCGUUAUCUCACUCGGACUGGUCGUCUAUCUUGUCUCCACUAUACCCACACUACAGCUGCCGCACAGUCUGAGCGAUGUACGAGCCCAGACGCUCGCGCUCAAGCAGUACGGCGCAGCUGGCACACGCCAGAGCCUGCACGUCUUCACGAUCUUAUGUUGCUUGUUUGUCUUCAAGCAGGCUUUUUCAAUACCCGGCUCAAUACUAAUGAACAUCCUAUUCGGCGCACUGUAUGGCACAUUCCUCGGCACGAUUUACACUUGCCUUUUGACCGCGGUCGGUAGCUCUGCCGCCUACGGCAUGGCGGCUAUCUGCAAAGACCUAGUCGAGAGAUUCUUCGCGAGACCCCUAGCGAUCACAAAAGGUCAUCUGGACAGCAAUCCUGACGACUUGUUCUCCUACCUACUGCUAGCGCGAUUUUUUCCGCUUCUGCCUUACUCAGUGCUCAAUAUCGUCUCCGGUGUCUUGGCGGUGCCGCUUUUGCCCUUCUUCGUCACGCUGGUCAUCGGCAGCGGGCCCUACAAUUUCACGACAACGCAGGUGGGUCAACUGCUAGCGCAAGUGUCGGCGAUAGAUGCAGACGCGCUAGGCUCCAUCUGGUCCCCCUCACUCGUCAUCAAGCUCGUGCUUGUCACACUCAUCUCGACAGUGCCUCUUGUCUUUAAGACGCAGCUCAAACGAUUAGUGGGCAUCCUGACUGCCAAGUUGACUGGACAAUACGAGCUUAUUUCUACUGUCGAAUCAGACGAGCUAUUGCUACCUGCCACCAACGCAUCGCCGAGCAGAACGCCUUCUGUGCUACGCGGUACGCCCAGAAAGCCGCAGCCUGCUUCAAUGACAGCAUCGCGCAGUAAGCGGUUACGUCAGUCGCAUCACUUCAGUGGCGAUUGGAAUGCCUGGAAUGUGCCUCAUAGACAUGCUACAUUGAGUACAGAGGAGGCGGUCCUAUCGCCGUCUAGUACAGUGUUGAGGUAG